AUGAUCUUACCUUCAGUCACUACACAUUUUUCCCCCAAACGGCCAUGCGUCCGGACUCCGGGUUCCACUGUUAACGGUGGAUCAGGCUAUUGCAAGUAUGGCUGGAGCAAGUAUGCUGCUCCUUCUGGGCGUUGUGCUACUUUUCUGGAAUUUGGUAACAUUGAGUCCCCUAUGCAUGCAAGACUUCGUCACUUUUUCUCGACAAUCUAUAACAGGAUGCAUGUAAAGCCUUCUGCUCGACCAAUUGUUGUUGCCCUUCCCCUCUGCCACUCCGAUGAUACCGAGGCUGCUAGGGCCUCAAGAAAGCAAUACAAGGAGACAUUGUACUCGGUUUUGUUCGACAUGAAUGUUCCUGCUGUUUGUGCUGUUGAUCAAGCACUCCUAGCUUUGUAUGCUGCUAGACGAACCUCUGGUAUUGUUGUCAACAUUGGAUUCAAUGUCACAUCCGUUGUGCCCAUCUUUCAAGGUAGGGUGAUGCGUGAGAUAGGCAUUGAAACUGUGGGGCAAGGUGCUCUGAAACUUACUGGAUUUCUAAAGGAGCUAUUGCAGCGAAGGAAUAUUUCUUUUGAAUCACUGUACACUGUUCGGACAAUCAAGGAGAAAAUUUGCUACGUCGCGGCUGAUUAUGAAGCAGAACUAUGUAAGAACACACAAGCUUCCUGUGAGGUGGAUGGUGAAGGGUGGUUCACUCUAUCAGAAGAAAGAUUCAAGAUGGCAGAAAUCCUUUUCCAGCCCCAGAUUGGAGGAGUUCGUGCUAUGGCUUUGCACAAAGCGGUAUCCCUAUGCAUGGAUCACUGCUACAAUUAUGAGGUGCUCUGUGACCACAGCUGGUUCAAGACGGUGGUUUUAGCUGGUGGAUCGUCGUGCUUACCUGGUUUGCCAGAGAGGCUUGAGAAAGAGCUCCACAAACUUCUUCCUCCAUACAUCUCAGAAGGAAUAAGGGUUCUGCCUCCUCCAUUCGGCACAGACACCGCCUGGUUCGGUGCAAAGAUGAUCGGCACUGUGAGCACUUUCUCGGACGCAUGGUGCAUAAACAAGAAGCAGUUCCGCCAGAAGUCACGCCACAGUGGUUCGUCCUUAGUGAAUAUGAAAUAA